CACUCAAUCACCUCGGAAUCUAGAUCGCCCCAGGAUAAGGAUGGCAAUUUCCUCCGCGACCCGCGGAGGUUCACGGAGAUACCCGCCACGGGGAUGGAGAUUCUCAGAAUAUUCCUACCCGUGGGGCGGGGAUGGAGCCCUUGGCCCUUGCUGCCCUGCAAGUCUGCAACUCACAGCUCACCUCCAGUUGAGCUCCAAGGCUGCUGUUGGGUCGUCUCAGCCAGCCUCUCACCGUGGCACCCUACCAUCAGCUCGUCACUGCAAGUCAGCACCGCUCACCUCCAGCUCCUCCAAGGCUGAGUCGUCCUCUUUCUCUUUUGGUUGUCGUGUGGCUUCCUCCUCUGCAGCUCUGCCUCACUAUUUGUGUACUUCUGUUGAUAUUGCCAAAUCUGCUGGUCAAGAAGCAGCAGAAACCAUAACCCAAGUAUCUGAUAGUGUAAUUCCGGCCUUCAAGUCUGCUGCUCAGGAGCUUUUGAAAAAUUCUGGACUAUCAGCUGAAGAUCUACUUGCAAAAGCUCUUGCCAAGGCUGCAGGUUACACUGAAAUAAAGAGUAGAUCACUUCUUACAUCCAUGGAAGACCAUGUUACAUUACUCCUUGAAGCUGGAAAACCCAUCUAUACGCCAUCAUUUGCAUAUGGUGUAUUGAGGAGAUUCUUGCCUGAGGAAAAGGUUGAGUCAGUGAAGGAGGGUGUGGGCGCUUUAGCCUUACUUUGCUUGCUUGCUAGCGAAGUAGAAGUUCUACAUGUUCUGCUCUUAAGCUGAUGGGCAACACUCUUUCUCUCACCCAAAACUUACCUCCUGGGAGGGGCAGCUUCUUCGUCUCUUUCUACAAUGUCAUGAGAAAAACAAGAGAACAUGAAGCAUUCUUCGGCACUAAUCCAAUCGAGCCAAAAUCUUGGAUGGAAGAAGAACCAAAGUUUAAGGUAAAAGGGGAAAAGAAGAAGAAGAAAUAAGAGAGUAUAUUUACC